AUGAAAAAAAUAAUAACAGAACCGAGAAAAUUAUCAACUUCAAUAGAUCCUCUUAAAGAAUUAGCAACAGAGAAAACUAUUUUUUGGAUUUUAAAAAAAGAAGGGGGAAUUAGAAAAAAAGCUACAAUUGAAAAAGUUAAAAAAGGAGCAGGGGAAAAACUAGAUCAAUUAUUUUUAGUUAAUGAUUCAGAUAGUGAUACCAAAAAAUAUUUAAAAUCCCAAGCAACAAAAGAAGCAUUUCCUAGAUAUAUCGAUGAAGGCCUAAAAAAAGAAAACCCUCCUUUGACCUUAAAUGAUUUGAAAAGAGUAGACGAAAAAGGAUUAGAAAAAUUCAGACAAGAAUUGAAAUUAAUUGGAACUAUAACUAAAUUUAACGAUUUAAUACCUGAAUUUCAAAAUAAAAUCAUUGGUGAAUUAAAGGCAGCCAAGGAAAAGGCUAAAAAAGAAAAUUUAACCCCAGAAGAAAAAGAUAAAAUAGAUAAAGCAGCAAAUAAGCAAGAACUAGAUAACAUUGUAGCGAAUAACAUUUCAAGCAAAAAUAAACUAGAAGAAUUAAUAGUAACUGACGAAGAUAUUGAAAAAGCAUUAGGUUCUCUGAAACUUCCAAAGAAUUUUGUAGAAAAUGCUAAACAAAUUCUUAGAAAGAAAAGAAGGGAACUUACUCCGGAACCAACUACUGCUGAAGGAAAAAUUAAAGAACUUUUGAUUUGA